UCUUCAAAGCAGAGGAAAGUCGGGGGCUCAUGUGUCAACAUCCAGGGUUUCCCCGGGGAGGUGUAACGUUAACGUUAUUCUAAAAAAACCUGAUGUUCCUUUGAAAACCUUUUAUAUUUGUGUUAGCCUAUUCAUCCUCGGAGGCAGCUGUUUUUACUGACUGUAAAGCCCAGAAGACGAUCUUCGGCUCCUGCUGCUUUGACGUUAGCUAACGUUAUUUUAAACGAUGACAGAGUACAAAGUGCGAAUAGCGUCUCCAAUCAUUUAAUAAUAUCUGGGGACCUGUUAGCUUAGCCAGCUAGCCCGGUAAUUCGAUUAGAACCAAGGGAACACGGCGAAACACACUGCUGACAUGAUGUUUCCUCAAUCAAGGCACUCGGCAUCCUCUCAGUCCAGUCAACCUCUCAAGUUCACCACUUCUGACUCCUGUGACCGCAUCAAGGAUGAGUUCCAGUUCCUCCAAGCACAGUACCACAGUUUGAAGUUGGAGUGUGAUAAACUGGCUUCUGAAAAGUCAGAGAUGCAGCGUCACUAUAUCAUGUACUAUGAAAUGUCCUACGGGCUGAACAUUGAAAUGCACAAACAGGCUGAAAUAGUGAAGAGACUGAAUGGAAUCUGUGCUCAGGUGCUGCCUUACCUGUCACAAGAGCAUCAACAGCAAGUCAUGGGCGCCAUAGAGCGAGCCAAGCAAGUCACGCCCCCUGAGAUGAACUCCAUUAUACGGCAACAGCUCCAGGUGCAGCACCUGUCCCAGCUCCAGGGCCUGGCCCUGCCUGUGGCCCCACUGCCCCUGGGCCUCACCCCUCCCUCCCUGCCCGCUGUCUCCUCCAGCUCCGGCCUGCUCUCCCUCUCCUCCAUCCUGGCCAACUACUCCCACGGCCAGGCUCAGGCGGUGAAGGAGGACAAGGCCCGGGAAGCCGCAGAGAGAGCCACCCGAGGAGAGGACGGGGACAAGUCAGACUAGUUCAGACACAGCGAGGAGGUUUGGAGGGGGUUGUUGUGGGGUGAAGUGUCUAAAAACAAUAAAAAAAGACAAACAAUAAAAUAAAAAAAAGGAAAGGUAAAACUGUAACUGUAAAUGGAGAUUGAUGUAAGUCUGGCUGCCUGUCUGCUGAGUGUUGAUGUAGAAGAGUAACUGCAGGGAUGAUGACAAGCAGAGAGGACAGAUUUUUGGAUGUGCAGAGAACGAAACUGCUGAAUGAGUGAGAGUUAAAUGUUCUUAUUAUUUAGUGGUGAUAGACUCAGUUCAGGCUUCUAGACUUAAAAUAGAUGCUUUUUUUUUUAUUUAGUGUAAGCCACUGUUGUUAGGCUUAACCAAGAUAAAUGUUUUCCCAUUUGGAGUGUGAGCUGAGGAUGAAAGCUAACAGCAGUGUCCCUUACACAGAUCUGCCUCUCACUGGUUUAUAUUUCUUAAUUGAUUUUGUUAUCAGACCCAGUGUUCUUUGUUCAUGUCCACCUCAGUCCCUCAGUUUCUUGCUGGGCCAUCGGCCAGUCACAGUAAGCAGUUUAAGAACAUUUCAGGUCCCUCUUUUGCUGUCCCUCCACUCAUAACGUACAGCUCCGUCACUUUAUUUCCCAAAUGAAAGCUGUUGACCGGAGCUGUUUGGAGAGUGAUGCCAUUCAUUUAUUCACUUGGAGCCAAAUUGAAUCUCAAUCUCAGAUGUUUUUAAAAGGGACAUUUCACAUGUCGGGUGCAUUCAAAACCCCUCAAACAUAAACCACCUGGCUCUUCACCGUUUUUUGCAUUUUCAUACGACCAACCACUGGAUGCAUUACCUUAGCUCUGUACCUCAAUCCCCAAUAAAUGGGAUUUUAUUCCAUUAAAAACUUAGUUUUUGUACAAAUGGUAGUGUACCCAUCUCGGGGGUUAAUUUGUGUUUCAUAGGCCUGGCUGCUGCUGCUACGCGCGCUACAUGGCAUGGACCAUGACUCGUCUUUAAAUGACAAGAAUUUAAGCUCUGGAAAAAAAUGGACUUUAUUUUGACAUGUUGUUUUCGUGAAGUUAAAGACAGGCUAUGUAGACAUUCAAAAACGUGUCUGUGUGCUCGGGUGAAUGUGAUUUGGAAAGAAGAAAACACUUGUUUAAUUUAACUUUUAUUUUUUUUCUUAAAGCACCUUUUGUAUUUUACUCACACCACACCCUCCCCCCCCCCCCCCUCCCUCUGCUCCUGCCCCUUCCUGGUCCACUCUUUAACUGACCAAGACAAACUUGAACAGGAUCUAAACUUCAGAACCAGACGGUCGUAAAAGACAUGCGACAUACUGUAUUUCUGUAAGUUAGAAGAGCACUUCCGGUUUAUACUGAGACUGUAUCAAGCACCUGUCUUUUCCUGUCUUGUUUAACUUGUGUGUGUGAUUGUCAGGGGAAGAUCUCCCCCCUUUUUUUUUUUUGUUGCAUUGUUUUAAUGAAGAAUGUGUCCGGGGUGAGUUGCUAAAGCUCUGUAAGCAACGUCAAGCGUUCCCUCAGAAAACAGCAAAUUAAACAAGAUUUUCAGUCAGAAUUUGUUCUGGUAACCAAAUUAUUGUGUCCUGUUGCAAAAAACCAAACUGGUUUCACAUCUAGAGCAUUUUCCCAAUUCCAUACUACAUGCUAAUUUUAAAUGGUAUGCUAAGCUAAGUAGUAACUUGAUAUUGCUCAGCCCUAAUUGAAUAAACUGAAUUUUGCGUGAAUAUAGUUUUUAAUGAGACUUGUCUGCCAUUUUGUGUUGACUUAGAAUGUGAUCUAUAGGGCUAUACUGAACGUUACUAUUCAAAUCUUUUUUUGUGUGCAUGUUUAUUCGUUCUAUUCAAAACCUGGUAUCUCUGCACAGCUGCAAAUAAAGAUAAGGCUACACUAAUCUCAUCAAUUAGAUUCCAGAUGUGGCUUCUAGUGUUUCUGACUCAUGUGAUCCAAACAUUUCCAAUAACUCCAGACCAGCUGUUAAGUCCAAAAGUCAAAGAUGGAAGUGAUCAUUUUCAAAAUUCCAAUGUUUUUAUCUUAUCAAAAAUAUUCUGCUUCAAUACAUAUUUGUUGGUGUUUAUUUUCGCCUUUCAAAAUGCUUAAUUUCUUAUCUCCUUAAGGGUUCAUUGGACCAUGCUUUACCAAAGGAAAUGAGAUAAUGCCAUCCCACAAUUCCUUGCGGCAGCAAUAUUUAACACCAUGCACGUUCAUAACUUCCGCCAUCGUGUAAGUGCAGUCGACUUCUCUUAGCGCCGCGGUUGUCUUUUUCUUAACCACUUUUCCUCGACCUUGAUGGAAAGGUCAGGAGGUCAGGAAAGAUGUAAAGAAGGAAUUUGGGGGGAAAAGACACGGGAAGUUUAUAUUUUAAGACUAUUCAACACCACCUCCUUGAUUUUUGAGACUAAUGCCCCCCCCCCCCCCACAAUGCAAUGCACAAAUGAAAAGGAGGAGCUGCUGCGCACAGCUGGAAAAAAUUUAAGCUAAUGUUCGUGAAACUGCUUCAGGAACACGGCAGAAAACAAAUAUGGGAAACACAUUUUGAUGAUUUUAAUUGGCAGUGGUUUUCUUAACUAAGUAUAUUGAUUUCUUGUAUAAUAACUGCAAAACAGUAUAUUAUAUACUGUAUGCAGGUGCUAUGUAAUAUGUAAUUGGGACAGCUGAGGAAUGGGAACGUUCAUAUUUAAGGCAGCAGAGGGCAGCAGUGCUCGCUCAUUGAUAACUUGUAUGAAGUUGCAUUCACAAGACUGCUGUCUAAAGAGGUCCCGGUCAGUCUGCUGUGUUCACCUUAUUGUCACUGCUGUUCUCUUCUCAUCUUCAUCUCCUGACUGGGACGAGCGUCUGCACACUGCAGGUGUUUGCUGUUAUUCCUCUGUAAUGUGAGUGUUUUCCCAGAGCCUUGACAACACCACCUUUUUUAAACGUCCGAGCACGUCCGAGAUCGGCGCUUAAACCUUUCCUCUGUGUUUUUUUUUUUUUCUCUCUCUCCUUCCUGUCUGUGCUAGUGUUGGGGAGCUGAUAAUUUUGCCUCCCUGGAGAUUUGACCUUAAUAUAUCAAGUGCGAGAACACAUCAGUGCACAUUUGCACUCUUUAUGCUGACGUCAGUCUCUGUAGAAAACCUCCUUUGGCAAAACUCAGACAUGAAUGGUAUGUGUGUUUGUUUUUGCUGUGAAGGGCCAAUUUGUAUACAUAUGAAUAUAUCAAUAUACAUAUUUUUUAAAGCAUUUUUGUAUGUUUCAAAGCUGCUUUUUAACGUGUGUGUAUCAUGGACGACUUUGGUGUUGUAUGUGUGCAUUACAAGCCUACAGUUAAAGAGAGGCACAAUGUUGUAUACCAUGUCGUUUUUCCUGUGUUUUCUCUCCCAUUCUCAGUAGGCAGUAACACUUAACAUUGUUUUCUAGGUUUGUAAAUGUUUUAUCUUUUUUCUUUUAAUGCAAACAGAAAAAGCAGUUUAAUGUGUUUAUGAACACGGUCUCAUUUUAAGAUACCUGGGGCAAAAAAAAAAAAAAAAAAUACAAAGAUGUAAACAAGCAACUGUGUACUCUAAUGAGAAUGAAUCAACCUUUUAGCAGUAAGGAAGCUUCUCUGGUGCCUUACAAAUAAAAGACGUGAUUGAGA